AUGUCAGUAACGGUGGAUAUCCCGGAUCUGACAAGCGAGGAUAUACAAGCAGUCUUUGGGAAUAUGGAUGCCUUUCUGAACAAAACUAUCUUGAAUGCCUUUUGCGAUGCUUCUCCCAAGUGCCUUCAGAUCGGACCACGACAAAUAAUCAUGGUCUUGGCCAUUGUAUGCCUUUAUAUCUUCGAAGUCAUCUCCUUUUCUAUUGUAUGGUGGAUUGUGCACUAUGCAUUCAUCAGAAAUGCAUGGAGCUUUUGGGAAAUGUUCCUUGGUUUGCAAAAAAUGGACGGAUUUUUGCCAACUCUGUUAGUGGUUGAAAUUGCUGGUGCGACUGGCACGAUCAUUGCAGAUAUAUUAAUGAUUUGGCGAUGCUGGACUGUUUGGGGUCAACGAUGGUUAAUUGUGCUUCUCCCUACUCUCUGCACCAUUGUUGCGACAGGUCAUGGUACCACAUUAUAUGAUCCGUAUGCCACAUGGGUCAUUCUAUACCUCUCCUUGGUUCUGGCGACAAACAUUCUAUGUACUCUCCUUAUUAUAUACCGGAUCAUCACCGUUGUCCGCGCUGACCGUGGAGGGACAGGUAUUAAAACAUACAGAGGCGCUAUUGAAAUUCUCGUGGAAUCUGCCUUCUUGUAUUCCUUCGCACUGCUCCUAUAUGUCAUCUUUGUUGCCCGUGAGACUUUAACCGCGCAGUAUCUUGACACUCUAGCUGCCGUGGUGCGGGGAAUUGCUCCUACACUCGUCGUCGGCCGGGUAGCGGCAGGACAGGCACGACCCGACGAUUCCUGGAGCACAAGUGUUGCUUCCUCACUUCGUUUCGGAGGUCAUUCAGAUGAUCAUCGCUCAGGCUUAUAUAGUCAGGGAAGUACAGAGGAACAAUGUACUGGAGGUCCCUCUCAUGAUAAUAGCUGGGACAAUGCGGAUGAAGGUAUUGCAGGUUCUCCAGGUGACGAGAGUCGACACGGAAGAGACUCGGAUUAG